UUCUAUUGGCUUUUUAAGAUUUAUAAAAUAUGUAAGUAAUGGCUAGUGAAUUACAACGGCACUUGGAAGAACUUCAGGAUGUUUUGAAAGUGAGAGAUUCUUCAGCAUAUACACAAGCUGCUGUACUCGUUGAAAAUAUAUUCAAUUGCUCGCUUAAUGCUCCUGAAAAUGAAAGAGCAUUUUGCUCAUCUCUUCUCUUCAACGAAGAUUUUGGCAUUUUAAAAGUGUUAAAGGCAACAGUAUUGUUAAAAGAGUAUGAAACUGUCAAAGCAAAUAUUCUUCGCUUUCUCGUUGAGUACUGCGACCAACAAGUAAAUCGUAGUAUUGGACAGUAUUUGAAACCUGUAAAGGAAAGUUCUGUUACAGCAUUCACAUGUGAUUCAUCAGUGAAAGUGAAAACAGAAAGCAUAAAUGUUCUAACACAGCUACUCAAACAAACUGAAAGGUCUUUUCAAAAUGAUCUUGAUGUUAAAGGUUUGGUAUCCAGGUUUUGGUCAGAAUGUUCAAAAGGAGCAAGAGCUGGUGGAGCAACAUUGCGAGGUGCAUUGUAUACAUUGAUGGGUGUGUUUACUGAGCAAUUUCCUGACAUAAUGGAAGACAGAGCAGACAGACUGUUAGUUUUGUAUCUAAGCUGUUUGAAACACGAAAUGGAGAAUACUAAAAAAAAGCCAGAACUUCUUAUCAUUGCUGGCUGUUUCAAAGGGAUUACAGGAUACUUGAAUAAUUUUUCCCAAUCUGUUGCAGAAGGUUCAAAGCAUGCACCAGAUAUAUAUAGAUACGCAAAGAAAUGCAUAGUUUUAACUGAUUACGGCAGAUAUGACGCUCCAAAAGCUGCCCUGACUUUAUUGAAACGCCACUGUGCACUAUUCAAAGAACUUAUCACAGAUGACGCAGAGGUAAUUUAUAAAGCUUUGGAACAAUGGAACAGCCACAUCAACAGAGACUUGAAAUACCUAGCAAUCUCAACAACAGAUGCAAUACUAGAACAAAUUUCUUUGUGUGUGUCAGAACAUGGAAAGCAAGGCAAACCAGAAUAUGUCAGGAUUUUAAAGGGCUUUAUGACGAAUUUUCACAAAAUCCUCAACUCACCCUCAUCUUCUAAGGAAGCAUUAUUGGCGAUCAAAGGAUAUGGCAAGUUUGCUAAGGCAUGUGCUGAAUUUUUUUCAUCAGAAGAUAUGAAAAGCAUGUUUGAGGAAAUGCUGAGACGUAGUGAACAAUGUUACCAAAGCAUUGAAACAAUUUGCGAGGAAAAUUUAUACUUGCUUCCAACAUUUCUUGAAGCAUUGGCAAACAUGACGAAGUAUUUAAAAGAGAUCUCCUCUUCAUAUCUUUAUCCAAUGGAAAAAAUUAUAGUCACGUUAUUUGACUAUUAUCCUAAACUUGGCAAAAAUUCACAGGAAUUAUACAGAAAGGGUUUCACAAUGUUCAUUGAAGCCAUGUCUUCUAGUCCAGUUAUAUUGAAAAAAUGUUUGUCCCACAUUGUUUAUCAAUGUGUGAUUAGAACUUGUUCAUAUCCAUAUCCAACAAGUAAUGAUGAAGAGACUGUGUUGAAUGAAGCUGAGGAAAUCAAGCAAAACGAAAUCAAAAUAUCAUAUAAAAACUUUCUUUCAAUAUGGGCAACGCUACUCAAAGAUCGUAGUUACAAGGCAAGUAUAUUUGAUGAUCCCAAAACGGCACAGUCACUAAAAGAACUGGUUUAUGAUAAUAUUGUUGAAGCUGUGUUAUCUGUGUUGAAAAAAUUGAAUCUUAGCGCUGACAAGAAAAGUAUGACGGAACAAGAAACAAAAUUGAGUGAUCCAUUGGAAGAGAUUUCCUCGGAUCCUACUGAGAAUUUGGUUCCUAAAAUGCCUGGAGAUUUCUUGGUGCUUGUUAAUGCAGUGGAUUUCUUCAAGUAUAUUUUAACAGAACAUGGAAAUGCUUCAUUCUUGAGAUGGUUGUAUAUUUUUGUUGAGGAUAUCAUCACAUUGUCAACAAGGUUUCCAGUUAUUAGUGGGUUUUACAAGUUAUUACAAGCAGCAUGUAUUGUUAUAGAAGAAAACUCGUAUUUUAAGAAUAUCUCAAAAGAACUUAACAAUGAGAAGUCAAGAGUGUUCAUAUUAUUGCAGAGUUAUAUGAAAGAGGUGCUAUCCCGAAUUAAACAGUACAAGGAGGAUUUACUGAUCUCUUGUCUGCAGUUCAUACUCUCACUACCUACCGAAAUUGUAAAAGAUUCGUUAGAGAAGAUUACACCAGCUUUUAAAACUACUUUCCAACUUGGGCUAUCCCAUUUUGAACUAGCUGAACUUGGUUUAUGCACAUUAGAAAAAUGGAACCUCUGUUUGGACAAGUCAGAUGUGAAAAAUGUGUUAUCCAAAGUACUACCUUGCCUUGAUGAUUAUCUACAGUCUUCACAAGACUCAGGUGAAAAAGAAGAUUAUAUCACCGAGAGGGUGAGUCUAACUCAUUCAGAACGCAAAAUCAAAAGAGUACCCAUCCGUUAUCUGAAAGCAUUAAUCAAUGCAAGCAAGCAAACUGUUGAGUCACCACUUAUGAAACUGAGGUUAAGAAUCGUCAAUUUUCUUGGAACACUCGGUGGUAGCGGCAAUGUAGCUAUUCUUCAGAAUAACAAGCCCAUUGAUUUGUCAAAAGCAAUUGCAUGGGACAAUGAAGAGCAUCUCUCCUUUGCACUUCCUUUCCAAGAUAUGAAGCCAACAAUUUUCUUAGACUCCUACUUACCGCGUGUUGUGGAACUUUCUCUUUCAUCAAGCAAUCGUCAAGUCAGGGUUGUAGCUUGUGAACUUUUGCAUGCACUCGUCUUGUUCAUGCUUGGGAAAAGCAUCCAACAAAAUAAUAAAACAAGCAUGGAGGGCCUAUAUAGAAAAGUUUUUCCUGCUUUGUUGAAGUUGUCAUGUAGUGCAGAGCAGGUUGCAGAGCAACUUUUUAGUCCAUUGUUGUUUCAAAUCAUUCAUUGGUUGACUGGUGCUAAUAAGGCAGAAAGUGAGGAAACAAUGGCUUUAUUGGACGUCAUAUUGGAUGGUGUUACAAGUUCAACAGACAGUUCGUUAAGAGACUUCAGUGCAAAAUGUGUUAAGGAGUUUCUACAUUGGUCCAUAAAAAAUUCAACUGCUAAGCAACUGGAAAAGAAUCCUGCAAAUCCAAAAAGUCUUUUUAAAAGAUUGUACAGCUUAGCAUUACAUCCGAAUGUAUUUAAAAGACUUGGUGCUGCAAUUGUAUUUAAUAACAUAUAUGCAGUUUUCAGAGAAGAAGAAUCUCUUGUUGAUAUCUUUACAUUGGAAAUAUUAGUCAACUACAUGAAUAGCUUAUCAAUGUCACGCAGUGAUGAAAAGUCUCUUGGAACAACUGAACAAUGUGAGAUUGUUAUGGAGCACUUAGAAAAAAUAAUCAAGAAAAAAUACAAAAUGUUAUUAAAGCCAAAAGAAAAUCGAAACAGACCAGUUGAGUUUAAGCAUUUUAAAGAAUUCAGCCUGGCUCACGUAACAGUUUGGCUACUACAUCAAUGUGGGUCCCCUCAUGCUGCCUGUCGUCAUCAGUGCAUGAAAUUGGUGUAUGCAUUUUUACCGUUGCAAAAAGGUGCAAAAUCUCCAUUAGACUGGGUAAAAAGGACCUUGGAUGAAGAAAAAGAUGGUUCAAAAUACUUUACUGAUAAAUUUGAAAAAGGAAGCUACACUAGCCAAGGUGUACGAUAUCAUCCAACAUUGGAGGAUCGAGUAAAAGGAAAGUUCUCACUUAACCUAGCUAUUGAUUGGUUGGAAAACUUUCUGGGAGCAUUGGACUGUUAUUGUUGGGUAUUGGGAACUAAAAUGCUAACAUGCCAACAACUUUUCGUCAAAAAUACAGAAAGUAAGAUUAUGGCAUCAAUACAAUAUUUUGUUAGCAAGCUGUCGUUGAUUGAUGCGAAGACGUUGUGUAAACAGUAUGGUGAUAAUGUUGUCCUGCCAUCAGAAAAUGAAAGUUUUAACAGAACGAAAUGCACUGUCAUCGUUCGUCUUUAUAACUUUCUGCUGCUAACCUUAAAUAAUGAAGUAUGGAAUACUCAGCAAUUGGGAGAUGUUGCAAAUGAUAUAUUCUGUAAAGAGUUUUUUAUAAUGAUGGUACAUUGCUUGUUAUGCCCGUCAAAUGUUGGCUUCAAUAUAUCUGAUUUUGAUGUCAUCAAAAAUCUACCGCUAGAGCUUGAGCAAUUUUUGAAAGUCUUCCUGAAAUACUCCCCUGUGACCAUACAAAAGAGGUGUGCGGCUGUGUUUUCAAACUUGUUAUCAGAAACAGAAUAUGAUCUACUUGGAUAUCUCCCACUAGACUUAACUACCAAUGGAAUACAAUCCUUAAGUUGUGUUUCAGUUAUUCAAAUUGCAUCUGGGUAUCUUUUGUUACACCAAGUUGGGUUAUUAAGCAAAGUUAUCCCAAAGCAGACAUGUAGAAAUAUCCAUGAUCGAUUGCUGUCAAGUCUUAAAAAUAGUCUGGUUCCAUUGUCAGGUGGCCAACAGGCUAGUAUUGUUCCACUACAGAAAUCACUAGCUGAGAUUAUUCUAAAACUAGUCUUGGUAUUGCAAAGUGAAGAAGUAAUUAAAGUCUUGUUAGAUGAGAAACCUAUGAUAACUGAACAAGGUUUUGGUAGCAUGGAACCAAGAGGACUAAUUUUCUACCAGUUAUUUUCAAAAGUCUUUGAUGAGUAUUUUGUUUCAAGUCCACAACAAGUAACAGCCUUGCUUAGUGACAAAAUUUCCUUUGGAUUGUUAGCAAGCAUUUUGCAAGGUGUGUUAACCGAAUGUCUAAAGAACAAAUCAACAGCCCUGAGUAAACAAAUAUGUUCCAAUGUUGUUACAAAUUGGUCAACCUUGGUUCUGGGGUUAGAAGCAAACAUGGAAAUGAGGUUAUCUGUGUUUACAAUAACCAAAUUAAUUGUAUCCGUUAGCUUGGAAGCAGUGAAACAGCCUAAGAUAUUCAAUGUUUUUAUUGACCUACUAAAUGAUACAAGUAAUGACCUUUCACAGAAGGGAAACAUAGUUGAUUUUUUGCCAACCAUUCUGCAACAUUGUUCCGAUAAACAGGCUUUGCAAGUAAAAGACGCAUUAAAAAAUCUAAUUACAAGUCAUUUCCCUAUGAACUCUGCUGAUUUAACUGUUGGUGAAUCAAAAUACAUUGAAUACAUGACAUGUUUAAAUAAAUUUUUGCGUUGCCUGAUUUCAUCUGCAAGUCCAUUGGUGUUCGAAACUUUUCUCAGUGUUAUUGUGCGGGAAACAGAGGACAUAUAUGAACAGAAGAUAAAGCGUUCUCUUAUAUCUUUCGUAAGAAAGCUUGGUAACAUCAAAAAUAUGCAGAUUUUCAAACAUUGCAUGGACGUUUUUAUGGACGAGAACAAAUACCAAAAUGAGUUACGACAGGGUGUUAUUGAGCGAGUUUGCAUUCCAUUGCUGAACCAUAUCUCAGUACAUAACAUAAAGGAGUUUUUUAAAGCGAAUAUUGUAAGUUUGGCAGUUCAAAUUCAAUCGAAAUUCACAAAGAAUUCUGAAGAAGCAUUUGAAAUUCAGUUAAUAAAUAAAACUUGCUGCUUCAAAAUAAUAACACUAAUGUAUGGAUUGAUUUCAAAGAAUGAUCUCUCGUCGCCAACUGCAGAAAUUGUUAAAGCUUACAUGCCAAAUCCAGUCAAGGGAAAUGAAUUAACAUCGUUUUUAUCAAGAUCAGCUUUAAAUGCUUACAGAGAAGACAUACGUGGGGAAACAAAUUUUGUGGAACUCCGAAGAAAAUAUCAUUGUGCAGCUUACAACUGCCUUAUAUCUAUCAUAUCAUGUACGCAAACUGAAUUGAAAUUUUUUACAGGACUUUUGUUUACCGAAAAUUCUGCAAAGGGAUCAUACGUAUUUGAAAAUCUGAUUAAUUUGAAGAAACAAUACAGAUUUGAGUCGGAAAUUAGUGUGCCGUUUGCUCGAAAGCAAAUUCUGCAGUUGAUAAGAAAGGCUGCUACAAAUAAUGAUGGUAAAGCUCAAAAUUCACCAAAAAAUAAAGGAUUUGUUCAGUACAUGUCAUCACAGUACUUAAUGGGAACUAGUUUGAGUCAAGAUGUCAAUCAAUUUGAUUUCAAUAAUCCAGUUGAAGCAUACACACGUUAUGAAACUGACGAUAGCAAUGCCUUGGAUCAAAGUAGUGUAGGGUCCCUACAUAAAGAACAAUCCAGUGAAAGUGCUGAUGGAUCCAUUGAACUAGAUGAUUUAAAUCAACAUGAAUGUAUGGUGAUGCUAUUAGCCUUGAUGGACCAUAUGAAAAAGAAUAAGAUAUAUGUAGCACCUGAUGAAAAUGUUGAAGCAAAGGAAAUGCCUUCUUGGAUGCAGUUUUUACACAGCAAGAUUAAUGGAUUCGAUGUUGAAAUAAAUAUUAAAUUGUAUAUUGCCAAGUUGAUUGUAAAUAAACCCAAGGUAUUUGAACCAUAUGGUGCUUUUUGGUUUUCACCUCUGGUUCAAUUAAUUUUAAGUCAAAAGAUACCAGGCUCGCCACUAAACUAUUUCGUGAUGGAUAUAAUAAUUGUUAUGCUGUCAUGGUCGUCAACUGUCAUUCCGGAAGAUACUGUGAGUGGAAAGAAUUUGGCGAGCAGCAUUUUGGAUUACUUACUGAAAUUUAGUCACCAUGCAAAUCGAGCGGUGUUGAAAAAUAAUCUUCAGGUCAUCAAGACAAUGUUACAAGCCUGGAAAGAUAGACUGGAAAUAAGUUACAAGAUUAUUUUCCAACAUUUUAAUUGUCCUGAUGAAAAAACAAAAGAUAAUAUGACUGGUUUACAAUUGCUUGGUCUUGUUUUAUCAAGUGGUUUUCCUCCAUAUCAAAGACAGCUUGGAUUAUCUGAGCAGGAAUACUUUUUAAAUCUGACGAGGAACUUAUCUUUUAAAUAUAAAGAUGUCUUUGCUUCCGCAGCAGAGGUUUGCAGUUUAGCUAUAAAAUAUUACAAAAACAACAAUAUGACAACAGAAUUGCUGUAUGAUAUGAUCCGAGAUCUUCUAGUGAAAUUCUCCAGAACAACAAAGGAUCGUUUUGUUGUUUGUUUACAUAGCAUGAAAAUAUAUUACCCAGAUAUUGUUGAUGACUUCAUUUCUCCAGUUUUGUAUUGUCUAUCGAGUUUACAUGGCAUCUUGAAAACGCAGUGUAUUCAGUGUUUGGCAGCACGAAUUGACCAUUUGCAGGAUGAGCAUCAUAAUAUAUAUAAACAAAUUAAAGGGAAAGAAUUGUCAAACAUGAUUACACACAAGGAGGAAGAAACGCAACUGGCAAGCAUAAAACUUGCCAGAGGUUUGAUUAAAAGUUUAAAACAGGAAGACUUGCUUGUUGUGUUACCAUUAGUUGCCACAUUGCAGUCUAGCAACAGUGAGAUUUUACGAGAUGAGAUGUAUGAAUUGUUUAUGUGGGUGUACGAUAAAUACAGAUCAGAAGAACAAAUGGAGACAGAGGCAACUAAUGAAGUUCUAAGAAUAAGCAAAGAAGUCUUACUGGUUGGGAUUAAUGACACAAGCAAUUUGAGUUUAAAAUUAUUAAACUUCUGGAGACAUGAAUCAAGACUACCAAAUGCCACCAUUGAACGUUUAAUUGAAAUAUUACGAGCAUUGUAUUCAACAAAAAUAGAGAAAGAAUAUUUAAGUUACGCCACUAACCUUUUGUUACAACUAACAUCACUAAGUCCAGAUUACUCUCGCCCGUUGUUUGAUUCUGGACUUGAUUCAGAAGAGAACUUUCGUAAAUACAAUAUUAACUUCUCGUGGCAGCGUCAAAAUGUGGCAAUGACUCCUCUCUUUGUAGCAUCGCAGAGAUCUUCUCAAGGAAGUUAUAGUUUAACACAGGGCUCUAGUGUGGGUGCUGGAAUGCUAAGAGCAACUCAGAAAACUUUCGACUUCUCGCAAACAAAUCAGUCAACUGUUGAGAACUGGAUGAAUCCUUCUGUACAGAUAUCCUCUCAAUCUUUUUCGCCUUCCUCUCCAACAUCACCAACAUCACUUUUUGCUAUGGACAGCUAUUCCAAGACAACCUCCGCUGUGGAUGAGACAGAUGCUGGUAGUAGGAUUGCUAAAGAAAGAAAAAACGAAAUUUUGAGAUUAAAACGGAGAUUUUUAAAAGACCAAAAAGCAAGAGCAGCUCAAUUUGCAACUUUGGAAAUCAAGCGACAGAAAUUACGAGAAGCAGCUAAAGAAAGGCAAAAGGCAGCUAGAGAUCGGAAAGUUGUUAUGUAUCGAAAAUAUAGAGUUGGAGAGCUCCCUGAUAUCCAAAUUAAUCAUUCCGAGUUGAUCGUGCCACUACAAGCCUUAGCACAACUGGAUAGCAAAAUAGCACAAAAACUGUUCAGCACUUUAUUUUCAGCUAUUGUGUCAAAACUACCAGAAAAGCUUUCAGAUGCUGUUGUGCAAAAAGCCUAUGUAGACAUUCAAGAUUCACUUGAUAGUAUGAUGAAGUUAUCGACCAGCAACAAUCCAGCAUUUGCAUAUGCAAUUGAAAAUAUCUGCUAUGAAAACAAACGCUUUAAACUGGAUCCUCAGGUGAUCAGUAAUGUGAGCGUAGUUAGUGUGCAACAACCAGUUGGUAUUUUGUUGUUGGAAAAACAGUUGCUAAGCAACAUAGAAACUAACGUUGAACCAAAAAGAAAGAGAAUGCGAGGUGCAGUGAAGACAGAGGAUGUUCGCGCAUGGUUGGAGUUAGCGAAAGUAUACGAAUCUAUAGAAGAUUAUGAUUUUUUACGAAGCAUCUUCUCCAGUUGCAUAUCGAAAGCAGACAUAACAAGAAAUGCUUUAGCAUCAGAAGCGCAAAAUGAUUUUGAAACUGCACUCUCUUUAUACAGAGAGGCGUCCAGCAAAGAUUGGGAAGACAGUCCAACAGAAGAAGAAGAAGAAUACUGGGACACAGCACGUUUGAGGUGUUAUGAACGUUUAAGUAAAUGGACAAACUUGAAUAGGUUUACUGUAAAAUCGAUUGAACAAAUCAUUGAUGACAAUAAUCCAGUUGAUGUGAUGAAAAUAUGGGAGGAUGAAGUACUGCAGGAAACAUACCUCCCAUGUUAUAUAAAAAGCAACAUAAAGUUACUGUGCCAGGGGAACCUAGAUGAAGUGCAUGAGGAUUUUCAAGGUUUUGUUGAGAAAUCUUUGAAACAGAGUGAAGCUAAGGAACACUUGCAGACACAUUAUUGUGAUGAACUUGCACUUCUAAAUAUCUUCAAUAACAGCUAUGGUGGAGCACAGCACUACCUUAAUAUCAGCGUGCAAAGAUUUUUAGAUGAAUGGUCGCACAUGAGCAGUUUAAUUACCACAACUAGACAUGCAAAGCUGCAAAGGCUGCAGAAAAUUGUGGAAAUGGAAGAGUUUAUAAAACUCAUGUCAAGUCAGGAUUGUCAGGAAGUUGACAAAGUAAUAUCACUCUUGUCAGCAUGGUCACAACGUUUACCUGAUGAACGUCUUCAUUCAACACUUGUAUGGGAUGAUGUCAUUCUGAACAGAUGUUCCUUUAUUCGAAAAAUGAAAUCCAAUUUUCAAGACAAUAGUGACUUUUUAAAGACACUUGAUAUUGAAGAAGUAAAGAAUAUUUUAAAAAUUGCUGACGUUGCAAGAAAACAGGGAAAUUAUGCUGUAGCAUGUCAAUAUCUUCGCGAUUCAUCUGAAGCAACUCUUGAUCAUUUUUCAUCUUCCAACUUACAACUGAUUUGGCGCCAUAUUUAUGUGAAAAUACAUUGCGACAAAGUAAAGAUGUUUCAAAGAAAUGUUAAAACUAAUAUUUGUGCACUUGUUUCUGCAAUGAAUCAUCUUGACAAUUCACAAAAGGAUGCGUGCAAAGAUGAUAAGAUGAAUGUAAAGCAAAAAUUAUUGGAAUACAAAACAUGGAAAAGUAUGAUUACGUGUUUACAAACCUGCGAUCAAGAAGAUGCAAAAAGAUUGAUCCAAGAGAACAUCUCUAAGUUAACUGCUCUGACAGGCAUUUCAACAGAUAAAAAUGCUUGUGUUGCAAGAUUGCAUGAACAUUGCCAGAGUGCACUUGAGCUGGCUAUCACGUGCUCAAACAGAUUAGAUGAAGCACAACCAACCACAAGGGACUUUCAAGUGAGAGCAUUGAUGAAAAUGGUUGAUUUCUGUGAUGACAGACUGAAAGGAGAAGAUGACAAAGACACAAAAGAAAAUUGUGGACACGCUGACACCAUCAUUCGAAAUCUAUUGAAAGCAAUGAAGUUGAAUUCUGAGAAAGCUCGUCUUCGAUUUCCGAGACUGUUACAACUUAUCGAUGUAUACAAAGACACGAGAGAAGUGUUCCUGAAACAGUCAGGACAAGUUCCAUGUUGGAUGUUUUUAGCAUGGAUUAAUCAGAUAGUUGCCUUGAUUGAUAAAUCUGCACAAAGCAGUUUGGUGACCAUUCUAAAUGCUAUUGCUCGUGCCUACCCCCAGGCGUUGAUGUAUCCCUUGAGAGUUAGUAGUGAUCAAUAUCACUUCACGAAUGAUUCUGACGGAAAAAAAAGAAAGGAUUAUUUUACCAGGUUGCAAGCACAUGUCACUUCGCCGCUUUUGGAGCCAUUUGCUGAUUCAUUAGGACAACUUACUAACCCUACUCAUGUGUUCAAGGACUGCAUUUACGAAUUGAAAAAGUAUGUGCGGCAAAAGAACAAGGAAAAAGUUUUAAGAUGCUACAAAGAUCUUGUCGGGAAGUUAUUUAAUCUAGAAAGUUCACAGGUUGCCACGAUGCGAGAUAAUGGAAGUAAAAUCGAUAUUGGAAAAGGUUCUUUUAUCAAGAAAUUUUCCAAGGAGCAUAAAAAAACUCUGGAAACAUUGUUUGGUAAAGAUGGCCGAAAGCUUGUUGGAAUGGAUGAAAAGAGUUUCAAUGAAGCCUUAAAAAAAUUUCCUCUCGACAAUAUGCGCAAAGCAAGGUUUGAAGGUAACCUAAAAGAUUUCUCACCUUGGUUGAGUGGAUUUCAAAAAGAUCGUUUUAAAAACCACCUUGAAAUUCCAGGUCAGUAUGUUGGCCAUAGUAAACCUAUGAUAGAAUAUCACGUCAAAAUUGUUGGAUUUGAUCAAAGGGUACUAACAAUGAAGUCAUUGCGUCAACCGAAGCGUAUUACUAUCCGUGGUGAUGAUGAGAAAGAGUACAAGUUUUUAGUGAAAGGAGGGGAGGAUUUAAGGCUUGAUCAGCGACUUGAACAGAUAUUCGAAUUGAUGAACAUCGUGUUAAGAAAUGAUCCUGUUUGUAGCAAUCGUUUAUUGAGGUUGAAAACAUACCAAGUUGUCCCUGUUACGAACAAAGUAGGUAUCAUAGAAUGGGUGGACAAUACCGUUCCUUAUCAAAAUUUGCUCGAACAGACAAUGGACGAACGUGAGAGAAAAGCUUUCGAUGGCUCAUUGGGACCAUCUGCAAAAUACAGCAAAUUCUUGGCGAAAUAUAGAAGUGAUUAUUCAAGUAUGUACAACAAAGCAACUCGCAGUGAAGCAGAAAAAAAUUUUCAUGACAUAGUUAAUUCAGUUCCUUGGGAUUUGUUGAGGAGAGCUUUUCAAAGACUGGCUGCGUCGUCAGAAGCAUACUUUGUUUUACGCAAUCAUUUCAUUCAAUCACACGCUUGUAUGUGUAUCGCGCAAUACAUUCUGGGUAUAGGCGAUCGUCAUUUGUCGAACACCCUUAUCGAUAAGACUUCGGGUGGAGUGGUUGGGAUUGAUUUUGGACACGCGUUUGGUACCGCUACUCAGUUGCUUGGGAUUCCAGAGUUAAUUCCGUUCCGCUUGACACAACAGAUGAUAAAUAUUCUGCUUCCUCUUCAAGAUGCGUCACCAUACAAGCAGUCCAUGAUUGCCGUCUUGCAAGCAUUUCGCAAGCAUGCUAGUUCACUGCUUAAUACGAUGGAUGUGUUUAUCAACGAGCCUCUUCUUGAUUGGGAGGAUCACGCCAAAAGAGCAGCCAUUAGUCUUGAUAGUGGGUCAACAACAUCGUCGUCAUGGUAUCCAAAGUUGAAAGUUAAUAUUUGCAAACUGAAGCUGAAUGGAAUCAAUCCUGCACAUAUCACCCAGGAAGAGCUACGCCAUGGUCACUCUCACAAUUCUGCUUUGAAAGAUUUUAUUUGUGUAGCGAGAGGUGAUGCGUCACGUAACUGUCGCACGAAAUAUCUAGAAAGAAGUGAACUACCUGAGAAAUACAAUUUAACAGUUGAAGAACAGGUUGAUUGUUUAGUAGAUCAAGCAACGGACGCGAAUAUAUUAGGGAGAACUUAUAUUGGCUGGAGGCCGUGGGUUUAACAGCAAUAAGUAUAUCUGCUUCAGGCUAAAACAAUACUGAUUUUUUGUUGUUGUUUUUUUGUUUUUUUCUUGACUUUUAACCAUUCUGUUAUUGAGAUUUAUUCUGUUAUUGUCACCCUUUUUCCUUAGCGUCAUGUUAUUUCUCUUUUUGGAACAUUAUACCCGCAAGCAAUUAUUUAAAUUUUGACGCCUCACUUUUUCCUACGAAUUUUUUUUUUCUUCUCCGCAAGAGAAAAAAGAGCUUUAUUAUCUAAGGUGAGAUAUACACGACUCUCUUUUUUAUUGUUACGUUUUUGUUUUUGUUUUGUAUUUUGUUCUAUGAAGACUUUGAAGAGAAUAGAUAA